UUCCCAAUGAUGUUCCCCUUUUUCUUUUUCAAUCUAUCUUGUCAGAAACUUUUAACAUUAUAUGGUUGUAAGAUGAGUUGGCUAAGAACAAACACAACAGUCCAAACAUUGACUAUAGGUGCAGUUCUACCUCUGAGCACAGGAGGGCGCUGUGAAACAUUCCUCUCCUCUGUCAUGACUCUCUUGUCUUGGUUACAAAAUCUGUGUUGUCAAACGUUGCUAAGGAAGUGAUUAGGCUACUUUAAAUUAGCCACACUACAGUAAACCAAAGGUUUGAGAUGAGAGAUCCCCCCGACUACAGCUGGUCUCAGACAUGACGAGAGGAUGACUGAGAAUGGCGAGGACAAAGACCUCCAUCAGUUCAGUGAAGCACAGGAGAAAGGAGACUUAUCUGUCAGUAAAGACAGUGCGACCCUUAAGACCUCCUUAGCAGAUGUCAUCACCCACAAAGAGCACAGUGAUGCCCUCAGACCACCUGCUACAAAAACAGAUGGAGAGAUUAGUUCAUAUCAGCCUCGACCACCUUCAUUACCCAGGCGAUUGAAGCACAUCAAAAGUGGAUCGGUUGAGGAGAGAGUGAGAACCAGGAGGCUGCGAAACAGCCAGGAGAGUCUGAGUGACCCAGCUGAGACUGGUUCUUCUACAGACUCUCUUAAAGAGGACCAGUCACAUCAGGCUCCAGGUGGGUUUGUUGUCAUUGGUGCAGCCACUUCCAGAAAUGACCAAGACUCCACAGUUGGACCCAUCUCUCCUGUCAUGACAGGAUCCCCAGUCUUCCGGGAUAGAGGAAGCAGUCUCUCAGAGUAUGAAAGGAGACCCCAGAGCCAGCAGAGCGACUCCGCAGACCACCGGGUGAGGUCCUCCAAGGUGCGCCUUUCCCCGGUGCAACCUACGGGUCCACUCCCUGCACUGGAGAAGACCUUUGCAUCAGCCACUUUAAGGGCAGCUAAUAGGAUUGACAGGGAUUGCUUGGAUUAUAUGGUACUGGCCAAAGAGAAGCUCGGGGACAGACUCCACAGGAACCUGAGCGACAGCAGGCUUCUGGAGAACAUGGGGUCGGACAGUGCCUCUGUGAACUCUAUGAGAUCCACCUACAGUGUGCUUAGCCCCAUCAGACCCCAGGAUGUGAGGAACAGGAGUUUUCUGGAGGGCAGUGUCCUUGGAAGUGGAGCUCUACUGGGGGCUGAGGAGCUAGACCGAUACUUUCCUGACAGGAGAGUGGGCAUCUACAUAGCCACUUGGAAUAUGCAGGGGGAGAAGGGGCUUCCAGCCAAUUUAGAUGACCUCCUUCUUCCAACAGACUCUGAAUUUGCACAAGACUUUUAUAUCAUUGGGGUCCAGGAGGGCUGUCCUGACAGGAGGGAAUGGGAGAUCCGUCUUCAGGAGACUCUGGGGCCGUAUUAUGUCAUGCUGUAUGCAGCAUCACACGGUGUUUUGUAUCUCACUGUAUUUGUCCGAAGAGACCUCAUAUGGUUCUGCUCAGAAGUGGAGCACUCCACUGUCACAACCAGGAUCAUCUCUCAGAUCAAGACCAAAGGGGCUGUGGGAAUUGGCUUUACCUUUUUUGGCACUUCCUUCCUUUUCAUCACCUCUCAUUUUACCUCUGGAGAUGCUAAAGUGUAUGAGAGAAUAUUGGAUUACAACAAGAUUGUUGAAGCUCUAGCUCUUCCAAAAGGCCUUCCAGAUACCAACCCUUACCGCUCCACACCAUCUGACGUCACCACUAGAUUUGACCAGGUCUUCUGGUUCGGAGAUUUUAACUUUCGUCUCAGCAAAAACCGUGUGGACGUGGAAAAUAUGAUCAACCGAACAGUGGGUGAUGAUAUGGGACCUCUGCUGGAGUGUGACCAGCUCUCCAAGGAAAUAAAAGAUGGCUCAAUUUUCAAAGGCUUCCAAGAGGCACCAAUUCACUUCCUACCCACGUACAAAUUUGAUAUUGGCUGUGAUAUCUAUGACACUACAUCUAAACAGAGAACGCCUUCGUAUACAGACAGAAUCCUAUUCAGAAGCAGGCAGGCUGAGGACAUACAGGUGAUCAAGUACACCAGCUGCUCCAGCAUCAAGACUUCAGACCACCGGCCCGUCAUCGGAGUCUUCCAGGUCAAACUGAGGCCAGGCCGAGACAACAUUCCUCUUGGUGCAGGACAGUUUGACCGUAGCCUUUACUUGGAGGGCAUCAAGAGAAGGAUCACCAGAGAACUGAAGAGGAGGGAGGCCAUGAAGAACCAAAGUAGCAGCACUAUCUGCACUAUCUCUUAAACCCUCUAAAAACCUGCUUCAGACCAGGCAGACUCCAGAUGGACCAGACAGGCAAUGCACAGAAUCCAACAGUGUUGUAAGGACACAGAACCCACU